AUGGCCGAUACAAACACCCCGGCCGAAGGGACCAAGCAGUCUCUCAUACAGACUGCUAGAGCAUGGGGAGAAAACCCAUUUACUCCCACCCUCCUAGCCACAACCAUCGCUGCCCAGCACAUGCGUCCCUUCCAAACGUUUCCGAUGCUCUUCCCUCCCGUCCUGCUGUUCACGAGCUACGCAAAUCUCCAAGGCUUCACGACAGAUAGUGCCGGAAUCUCAGCAGCGUGGUCGGGACUCUAUCUGUUGCUCGCAGGUCGACGGAAACAGCCUUUUAUGAAGAAGUGGGGUGCACGAGGGAUCGUCCGGGGCGUUACAAUGGGUCUUGGCUUUGCGAACUUGGUUGGUGGUGGUUUGGCGUAUACUUUGGGCAAGAGGGAGGAGGAAGAAGAUGAUGAGUAA